UGCUGGCAGCUUCUUUCAGUAUCUUGCUUGGCUUCUCCUGGGCUGCUGCGCACCUUUUCCUGACUUCUCUUUGUCUCUGGGUAGGGGCUUGAGCCCUAGAAGCUUUUACCAUCUAGGCACAAAUCUAGACACCCUCUUCUACCCUGGUGGGAGGUGAUACCUAUUGCUGGGAACUCCUGUGACUGCCGGUCGUGAUGGUUUUAGGGGCAGGAUGUUUCAGUCGCAAGGAAAGUGGAUGCCCAUUGGAACAGGGAUCUAGUGCUGCUAUAAAACAUGCUGUCUGCAAACUCAACCCUUGACACUGUGUGAUGUUGCAAAGGGCCUGGCUGGACUCAGCAGUGCCUCUCCUUCCCUUCAUGCCACUGGUGCAUUAGGACAGUCCCUGUUCUGUUUGAACUUCAAACACCAGGAUCUGCAGCUGAGCACAGUUCAGUUGUAUUUUAGUGGUUUGAUAACCCAUGGGAGCCAAAUUCAGGAAAGGCUUUGUUUUGCACUGUAUGAGGGCUGCAUUUCCCUUUCCUGUUCCUAGGAAGGAAGUGUCAGUGGUGACUUGAAAUAUAAGAGGAGGAGAUUCAGUCUCCUUGUGGAUCCCAGACCCACCCCCAAGAGGUCCCUCUCCAGUUUGCUUUGUGCACUGUCCUGCUUACUGCAGAGCUGUCGAUCUGCCUGGGCUGCGCAGCAAAGGUCGAAUGCGCUUCCUCACAGCUGUGUGUGGACCUUGGCCUUCCAGCCUGUCCUCGCACACAGGGCACUGCUGUCAUAGCUGCGCACUGUGAAGAGCUAAAAAUCCUAUGUUAGACAUCCUGUGAGAGGGCACAGGAUCACAAAGUACUCUUAGUUGGAGUGGACCCACAUGGAUCGUCAAGUCCAACUCUUUAGUGAAUAGCCCACACAGGGAUUGAACCUGUGGCAUUAUUAGCACCAUGCUUUAACCAGUUGAGCUAAUCUCAGUGUAGAAUCUCCCUAAUUCUUCCCCCUCCAGAAUUUAAAGUUGUUAUUAUUAAAUACUAGCUGAAAAACUAGAAAUCAAAGGGGAAUGUUUUCCAAAUAAUGUAUUGUUAUACCAUUGUUUUUAGACUCCAAGCUCUCCUCUGCUGGAGUGGGCACCUCUGAUCUAGUCACUGCAUUGGUGCCAUAUCCCAUCUUGAUGGCAAGAGGAGACCAUGCCCAGGGUCCUGGGAAAAAAUUGCUGUCUUGCAGGGACUCCUAACUCUUGCUAAUAGUGGAAACUUCAAGAAACUGAAGCAGCUUCUGCUGCCUGCUGCUACUGGCUGCCUGUCCUUGCUCCUUCAUUGCAGAGCAGGGUGGUUUGCGUGGCUGCUGCAAGAAAACAUGCUGGGUAUCUAAGGGGGAGCAGCAAGCAAGGAGAGAGGUCUCAGCUUGGGUCAAACAGCUCUACGUGUUGGGCAGUAGGUCGUCAUUAUCAAGCUGAUCCACUUCCAGACUGCUGUUGUGUUUACUCCUAAUAUCAUUAAAUGUUCAUUUCUGAUAGUGUUUUCAGUGGCAUGGAGUUACAAGGAGAGGUUAAAAAGCAUGUUUGUCACCAGGGCAUGCAGCACUUCCUAGGCAGUGCAGCACAUUGAAGCCAGAAGCUCCUGCAUGCCUGUCUUUUUCUUUGGGGACAUGAGGGGAAUCGGAGGACAGAGGCCCCUCACCACAUGAUUAUUCUACUCAGGUUUAUUUUUAACUAAGGGAAAUGUUCACAUUGUGCAGUGAAAUGUAGGAGACAACUGGGUCAGUCUGCCCUGCAGAAAGAGACAGCUCUCAUGGCCUUUGCAGACCAAAUGUAUGGGAUUACAGUGGAGUAUAUCUCAUUACACCUUGCUUCUGCUCCAACUUUCAGUCUUACUCUUUAGUGUGAUUUUGGUGCCACUGCAAAAAUUCUUUUCAUCUUGCAAUCCCUUGAUGAGAGCUUUUUCCCUACACCAGAUAUUUAGAGAACAAACUAGAGCAAGAGAGACCUCCCAUUAUGCAGUGCAAACCAAACUGAGUGUUAAAUGCAUGGAGUCAUCCACUUUGAAGGAAUGAAGAGUGGGUUCUGAGUGGCAUACAAGCACUUGCAGCACCUAGUAGGGCAUUUGAGUUGAUGCUUUCAUGUGUUUCAUGUAUUUUCAUUACAUGUUACUUAAUAGCUUGUAAAAAGCAAUAUUCUCCUAUGAGACUAUAGCACAAUUUAAGCUACAAUUUUAUGGGAAUAUUACAGUCUGAGGAAAAGGAAAAAUGAUGCUGCAAGGUCACUUAGGGUGAGAGCUGCCCCAGAAUUAAAUCCAUUGCUGUUCCAGAACUGCAAAAGUGUUAAAAGAUGAGUGACUUUGUGGUAGUAUCUGCACUGAGACUCUCCAGGAGUCCACCCUUGCUCUUCAUUCUGAGCUCCAGCAUUAAGUUACGGCCUUUCUACACUGCUAGUGAGGUGAGAAGGCUUGGUGUGCUGCUUCCUGCUCUUGUGGGCUGGGCUGGGUGGAAGCACUUCCUUCUUUGCAACAAAGGAACCAGAGGCACUCCAUGCAGGGCCAGGGGAUCAGCUCUUGUGAAAGGGUUGCUUUGAUGGAAGUGUUUGCAAAUAUCCAAUAGCUGGUGAAGGCCUGGCUUGUGCUGCAGCCUGUCCUCGUGGGUCUGAUGGCAUCUCAGUCCAGUACUGAAGGUUAGGGGGAGAGUCAGUAGUUUUUCUUAGCAUGGGGGUUGUUCCAGGAGAGGAGUAAAGGACAAUGAUGCAGAGACCUUCAGCACAAGUGUUGAAAAUGUUGUUGAAAGUGGAACAAGGGAUAAAUACAAGGAACAGGUUGAAAGCAAUGGCAAGAGUUGUUCUUCCUGGCUGCCAUGAAGGCCCUUGGGUGGGUCCUGCUGGGCCAUGAAAAUGGUCUCCUGUGGGGAAUCUGCAGAUCCUUCCCAGGGACCAGCGCAUCAGCCAGGAUGUGGAGAGGUUCUGCAGGCAGCUCAGCUCCAUGGCCAGCAAGCUCGUCAUCUCACCCUUCACCCUGGCCUACUACACAUACCAGUGCUUUCACAGCACAGGCUGGCUAGGCCCAGUGAGCAUCUUUGGGUAUUUCAUCAUAGGGACGAUGAUUAACAAAGUGUUGAUGAGCCCAAUUGUGUCUAAACUUGUGCAGCAGGAAAAACUGGAGGGAGAUUUCAGGUUCAAGCACAUGCAGAUUCGUGUCAAUGCAGAACCAGCUGCUUUCUACAGGGCUGGGCGAGUGGAGCACAUGCGCACAAACCGGAGGCUGCAGAGCCUGCUGAAGACCCAGAGAGAGCUGAUAGGCAAGGAGCUGUGGCUAUACAUUGGGAUCAACACCUUUGAUUAUCUGGGCAGCAUCCUGAGCUACGUGGUCAUUGCCAUUCCCAUCUUUUCUGGUGUCUACGGCGACCUGAGUCCUACAGAGCUCAGUGCCCUUGUCAGCAAGAAUGCCUUUGUUUCCAUCUACCUCAUUGGCUGCUUCAGCCAGCUCAUAGAUCUCUCCAGCACUGUUACUGAUGUAGCUGGCUACACACACAGGAUUGGUGAACUGCAGGAGACCUUGCUGAGCCUUGGCAGAAAAAAAAAUGACAACUACUCAGAAGCCAAAACCAGUUGGGAUUUGGACAGCAGCCAUUCUGGGGAGGACCCAGUGCCAAGGGACACAGCUUUCCUUCUGGAGCGAGUGACACUCUCAGUGCCAUCCUCUGGCAAGCUGCUCAUCAAGGACUUGAGCCUCAGGGUCUCUCAAGGAAACAGUGUGAUGAUUGUGGGAAACACUGGUACAGGGAAGACAUCUCUCCUGAGGGUCCUCGGAGGACUCUGGGAGAGCACACGGGGGAGCAUCAGGAUGCUGACCUGCUUUGGCCCCCGAGGAGUGGUGUUCCUACCGCAGAGGCCCUUCUUCACUGAUGGAAGCCUGCGUGAGCAGGUGAUCUAUCCCCUGAAGGAGAUCUAUCCACUUUCAGGGUCUGCAGAUGAUGAGAGGAUUGUGCGAUUCCUAGAGCUGGCUGGGCUGACUGAUUUGCUGGCAAGGGCUGGAGGACUGGAUGAACAGGUGGACUGGAACUGGUAUGACAUCCUGUCCCCAGGGGAGAUGCAGAGGCUCUCAUUUGCACGGCUCUUCUACCUCCAGCCAAAAUAUGCAGUGUUAGAUGAAGCUACCAGCGCCUUGACAGAAGAGGUGGAGCAUGAACUGUACCGUAUGUGCCUUCAGCUGGGCAUGACACUGAUCAGUGUGGGACACAGACCCAGCCUGGAAAAGUUCCACAGCUGGAUUUUGAAACUUCAUGGGGAGGGAAGAUGGGAGCUCACUCGAUGUGAGAAGAUGAAGCGGCUCCCCUCUGAGGAAGGACACUGAAGAACAUGCCCUUGUCUGGCCAGCCACAGAACCUGCACAUGUGUGGAAGAGCUCUCAAUAGCAGACAUGGAGCUGCCAAGGCAGCAGCUGUGUCAAACAGGGCAAGACCAGUUCUGGAUUUUGCUAAAGGACACAGAGUAUGUCUGAACUCAUGGUGUGGAGUUCUGCCAAGAGUAGACAACUAUGCCACUCUUCUCCCAGCCUCCUUCUACCUCCCUGGCUCUCACAAGAGAAAGGAGCUGAGCUCCUAGGCCACCCUGAGAGAAGAUGUUGCCUCAUGGGUCUUGUAGAAACAACAGCCAGAGAAACCUCCACUUUGUCUGGAAUACAUUGGUGUGAGGCUAGAAGGCAGCCUGCUUUUCUGCCCUCUGUGCCUUGUGAGGAGCUCUGUCUUUGAUACACAGCUCUGCAGAACAGAUUUAGGUACCUUGUGGCUCUGUUGAGAAUUGUGUUUUCCAGCAGGAGACAAGGGGAGGAGAAUGCUAGCACAGGGCAUAUCUCUGCUCUCUUUAUAACACAAAGCUACAGGGGAAAGGAACAUUUUUGUAUUAAAAUCUGGGGCCUGUUUUCAAACUGGUUUUAUGGAGAAGAGUCAAUAUUCGUUAA